GAAGGACUCGAGAGCUGGACCUGCUUCCGGUUGUGACGUGUUCAGCUCGGGCCCUGUCGGUCGGCGGCGUCUGUGGAGCCGGGAGAGGCGAUUGGAAGAGGUGGCAGCAGUGCAGACAUGAAGCUCUACAGUCUGAGUAUAUUAUACAAAGGUGCCACCCGGGUUAACCUACUGAAAGCUGCUUAUGAUGUCUCGUCCUUCAGCUUCUUCCAGAGAUCCAGUGUGCAGGAGUUUAUGACUUUCACAAGUCAGCUGCUUGUGGAACGUUCGCAGAAAGGAAGCAGAGCUGCGCUGAAAGAGCAAGACUACCUGUGUCAUGUCUGCAUCCGCAAUGAUUCGCUGGCGGGAGUAGCAAUCGCCGACAGCGAGUAUCCGUCGAGGGUUUGCUUCACGUUACUCGACAAGGUGUUAGAUGACUUCUUCAAACAGGUGGAUAGCAUAGACUGGCCAUCGGGAAAUCCAAACACUAUUCAGUACACAGGACUGGAUGCUCAACUCGCACGAUAUCAGAACCCACGAGAAGCUGACGCUAUGAGUAAAGUACAAGCGGAACUGGACGAGACCAAAGUCAUCUUGCAUAGCACGAUGGAGUCGCUGCUAGAACGAGGAGAGAAGCUGGAUGAUCUCGUGUCAAAAUCAGAAGUUUUGGGCACGCAAUCUAAAGCUUUCUACAAAACGGCUCGCAAACAGAACUCUUGUUGUGAGAUCAUGUGAUUGGGGCGCAGGCCCCCCACUCCUCUGCCUUCUGACGUUUGUUUUUUUAAUGAGAAAUGCCUUCAUCCCGUCGAGCAAACAGCAGUUCCACCGUGGACGGGAGGCCGCAGACAUCAGGCAGUCGUCACCGCCGCCGCCGCUGCUGUGGGUCAAAGACGGCUAUUUAUUUUCUAUUUUGAUGUCUGUCAGCGAGAGGAGGGGCGGCCAAUCUGCUGCGGGAGCUGUAAUCAUUUCCUGUGGUUGCUGAUGGGUGUAGUGGUAAUCGCAGUCGCUCCCGUCUCUGCUAGUGUCAUGUACCUUGUUGAAGUCAGUCUGUCAAAGCUGGUGUGGCUGCCGCUAAACCCACUGUGCAGCAUUCACUGGAGAAAUGACACAGCUGAUCCACAUUGCCAUCGCACUCCCUAAUGUGACGGUGUGUACAGUGAUCUAUAGAGCACUCCCUGGAUACACCUGGUUCUUAUUGCAUCCAUCACAGCUUAACACUGUGCACUCCCCAUCUCCGUCAGGACUUGUCUGUCUGACCAAAAACACAGGCUCUCGCUCCAGUCAGGUAUUGUGAAGGCUUGUCUUGUAGGUUACCUUUGUGCUAAACUUUAUGGUGUGAGUUCAUGUCUGCAUUUUUCCGGUUAAGCUGUGGAGAGGAAGCCUUGUUAUCACAGAGCAGGGUUGAUCUAUUUACAUUCAGACCACCCAGACAUGACGCUGGAACAGAGUAGCGGCCUUAGCCCCUCCUGUUCACUUGUGCGCUGAUCUAGACUCUCCUGUGUCGGCAUCUAGUUACUGACCUUGAAUGAGUGUACAAUGACACUGAUCAGAAGCUGCCAUGUGGCCAUUGAAACAAAAGAGUGCAGGGACCAGUGAUGGGGGUUCUUCUAUCUCUGGUUCAUUCUUGAGAGGCGAGAGUAACUUCCAGUGAAUGAUUGCCGUCACUGUGUGAACCUUUGUCCUGCCUCUCCAGAUUUUCUCUCUCUCUCUCUCUCUCUCUCUCUCUCUCUCUCUCUUCUCCCCCCCCCCCCCCCCCCCCCCCCCCCCCCCCUCCCCCAGUGAACUUUACACUGCUGGUUAGGUUGUGGUUCCUCUUUGCCAAUGUCAUUUGCAAACCAGUUGUGAAGGUGUGAGUGAUUCAGAGUUUGUUUGCUUUCUCUCUGCCCUCUUUAACUGGACUGCAGAUGAGUUUUGGGGGGGGGGGGGGGGGAAGAGAGAAGCCUGUGCCCUGCUCCGACUCUGGUGAUGUGGGUGGGCCGACUGAUAAUGUGUAAACUGUUAACAUAAAGCUGCUCGUUUUAUUCCAGUUAUUUGUCCCUUCCUCUACCAGUGUCUAGUUAUGUUUUUGUGCAAAGUCACCACAAGGCAUGACUGAUUCCUUGUCUGUUUCCUCUGUCUCCAGCUCAGGAGGUGAGCUCGGUUAAAAUGAGAAGAUUAUCUUCAGAUGUUGAAAUUUAAUUUCCUUUUAUUUAUAUUUUGAGGUCAGGAACAACACAGGCAUUCCAAUUUUCGAUGAUGUGGCUUGUAGGCUAGUUGUUAUAAUAUAAUAUAGCUCAUGUCAUGUACAGCUCCUCAGUCCGUCUUAAAACUAACCAUCACGUCAAUGAUCCAGGGAUCGGCACUGGCAGAUUCUGUAGAUUCAGUGCUUUUACAAGCAGAGUUUGUCGUGAUGAAUUGUCCAGAACUUGGUCUAUUUGGAAGCAGAUCUGUUUGAGGCAAGUUCAUGUCCACAGUUGGUAACAAUCGAAAGUUUGAUCCCACAAUAAAUAUAAAUGCAGCUCCAGCAAGUGAGGCCAGCAUCCACGCUGCACUUCACACUGCAGGCACUUUGGCAGCAACUAUGAACAAUCUUUCUGGGAAACGUUUUCCUUGUACCAUUUUGCUGCAGAACCUUUUAGUAUUAGACAGCAGAGUGAGCCAUGAUUGCAGUAGCAAGACUUAGCCUGUUGAGGGCAAACUAUUUCAGUUUAAAGCUCCACCUGUUAUUCCCCUGUCAAAUACUUUGCUGAUCAGUCUUUUGUAUUUUGGGCAAAUAUAAAUUUCACUGGAUGCAUGUGAAGUUUACAACCUGCUUAAUGCAAAUGCUGAGGCCCACACAGGCUAGUCUGAUUAAAAUCUAUCGAAUCUUACUGCUACACUAGCCCCCACUGUGGCUUCCAAUCUUAUGGUUAUCAGGUUACUGUGCAGCCUUUGCUCCACUUGUUGUAAAAUCUGUUUACUUCUGCCAUUCCACAGCUUGCAUUAUAUUGUUAGGCAUAUUAACACCUAAAAUAUACUUUAAACGGUCCAUUAAUUGCACUCUGACAGCUUAAAUGUAAGCAUCUUGCAUUUCAUCCCACAUUUAGUAUUGUCCCACAUGUACUUGCCCCUGCUGUAUGGGUUUGAGUUGCUCCAAUAUUUUUGAAGCCUCUGCACAGACUCGGCCUGUUGACACUCCAUAAUUUAGACCGGGGAUGCUGUGGUUUCUGACUUUAGGUUGCUCUUGUCAAUAGCAAAGUUUGCCGUGAUUCCUUGGCUCCUUAAUGACCGGACGUGACCAGUCUGGGUCUUUCCAAGUACAUUUAGGCAAAACACCCAGAUUUUUCUUGCAUCAAUGCAUCCGUUUGGAAUAGUCAACACGGACUCUUGAUCCACACUGCAGUGUCCUCUAGUCUAUGUCAACUUGCACUGUCAGGUAUUGUUUGUGUGCUGUUGCUUCCUGAGGUCCAUUGAAUGCAACAAGGAGAGUGUCAGUUGCCCAGUGCUGUGGUGAACUUUGGAAUUUAUUGCAGAUUUAUGUGGCAAUGUUGAGCUAAGCUGCUCUAAAAAGGUCUGCCUUUUUGCUUAAAUACAUUUCCAUUGUUUGUUUUUUUACUCCCACUUGAAUAAGGCAAAGGCUGACCCCCAUGGCUAGAACACAGACCACUGCUGUUAGUUGCUGAAUCUUGCUGUGGAACUGGAUGAACAAUUCCCUAGACAACCUCUCUAGAGGGUGCUGGUGGUAGCAACACACUAACAGUGUGGAGGGCAAACGAUUUUAUACCUGGCCUUUUAGAAGGUAUUCCUUCAUCAGGACUAUCUCUUCCAGCGUCUCAGCUGCCACCCGGGUCCAAUCAAUCAGUGAAGGGAGUCUUACUUGUGGUCAAUCAUACGGCUGUGCCUAAACAAGGUAUUUGGAUUCACACAUCCUUGGAAAUGAUGUAGGGAUAAGAUGGGACAGUGGUCUGUGGGCAUCAAAACACAUGGCGGGAUAUUUACAGCAAACCUACUUCUGUUUUUCUACCCGCUGGAAGCUGCAACCAUGAAUGGAUGGUGCACACCCUGCAGAGGUGAUGACAGAAUGGGGGGCAAAUGGGCAGUGGUACCAUCUCAAGUGAUGAAGGACUCGGAAUAAUGUACUUUCCAGAAGUCGGCAUUAAGUACACUUUGUACAAGUAUUUUGCUUUUUUCUAAUUGGGCAAAUUGUAAAUGUGCUGUAACAAAUUUUAGUCUUAUUUGUAAAUUAACAAAUGCUCGACUGGACAGCUUCAAUUGAAACUUAUUUGAAGUUGCUAGCUUAUUUCUAAUGUAUUGAUUGUUUACACGGUUGUAAUCUUGCCUUUUCAAUAUGUAUAAAGUUUACUUUCAAAGUU